AUGAAGCGGUCACUGCUAAUCGGCGGGAGCCCAUACCAGGUUAUCGUGACGAACAAACAGAAUGAAGCAGGAGACUGGGUACAAGAACUCUUCCGCCUUCCGCGGGAGGAAACCACGGUCGUGGGCGUCUCUUUCAGCAGAUGCAAUGAAACCAUACGCGGCGAGACCAUCCUGCAGUGGAUCAAUUCCAUCCACCUCGCCUGCUCCUCGCGGGCCCUUGUCUACCACCUGACCUCCUCCGCGGACGGCUCCAUCUUACCACGCCAGCUCCUUUUUAUCCUCUGCGAUCCCUCCUAUCUCUUUAUUGGCGAGGAGAUCAUCUCCGGCUUGGAGCUCCUGGGGCUGAAAACCAAGCCUCCGCUCAUGCCAACGCUGGACCUGCGCGACGUCCCCGGCAUCCUCGGCAUCCCUCGAUGGGCCCUCGGCACCGAACGGUGUCCACUGCACGUAGCCCUCGCCCGAGCCAUUCUUGGCGACGUAGAACCGAGCCUCCUGAAGACUAAGGUUUUCCCUUCUUCCUCCUGGACGUGGCCGCUGAACGAUGACAAAGUGGAAGAAGCCGUGCAGACCGCCGUUGUCGCCGAGAAGAUCGGGAAACGCGUCAUCAAGCGGACCAACGUAUCAGCGUAAGGUGUGAGAGGCAAACAAGAAGGCCAUAUGUCGCAUCUUCUUCUCUCGCGAUAUCCCCAUCAUCAUCUGUUCCUUUCUUGUGUCAUAACCUGGGAUUCGCAGGUUAGGUUCCAUGGUUGCGGACUCUUUCUGAACUCUUUUGGGUAUUCCUGCCAUUAAUCAGGUCGGGCAUCUAAAAUGGUCACGAUGAAGACCUGCGGAUCCCAACCCGAGGUCGCCCAGCACGUUUGAUGAUCUCCAAUGUCGUCCCUUGGUUGGAAGGUUGGUUUUCCCCGAACUGAUGAUAUCUGAGUUGUGAAGAGAGAGGGAGGUUGCGUCCCGAUCAAGACGGGAGGUCUAAUCAACAGCUUUAAUUUCCGGCGGUUGUUUAGAAUCAUCGGAAUAAGUCAUAUGUUCUUGAACCCUUCGCUCCGUCCAUCCCAUUUGGAGUUCCCGUAAGUGCUUUUUGAGAUAUCAGGGAAAGAUGGAGAUGCCCGGGUAGGGAAGCCGAGGGGUAAACCUGCGUGGUGACCAAGUAGACGCAGGUCUAUUUCAGAAAAAAAACAGAUGGUGAGGAGCUACCCAAUGAUUAGGAUUUUGUGAAUGAUCAUGUGAAACAAUACAUCCCAGAAUAUGCAAGAUGGUCCAAGAAACUAAUCUUGAAUGAAACCUGAAGAAUAUUUGGUCAUGUUUACAAAUCAAUGGUGGAGUAUUGUUGUGAUAUGGGAUUGAGAAUAAAACUUAAACUAUUACCUGCAUCGUGAAUUAGAUCAAUUUCAAAUAAAUAAACCAUUAGAAAUAGAGUAUAUUUAAGGACUAAUUGAAUGAAGAGACCAAAGUAACUAAAUAUGAAAUUAGAUUAAUACUUCAAAGACAUGUCAUUCAUAGAUACAAUAGUGAUAAGACUUGAUUGGAUAGUCUACAGUAGAGAACCCUAAGAUCAUUGUAUAAAAUAUUAAAAUAAUUUAAUCACCUAAGGGAGUUGAUCCUUUAAUUAAUAGUUGGCUUUCUUCUCAACUAUGAAUUUGGGAGAUAAUUUUGGGAUAAAAUUGUGUGCUGACUGAACCCAAUAAUCAGCAUCUAUGAUUACCAAAUAGUUGGUCUAGUAGAAUCCAAGAAUAGAGAGCCACGGGACUAUAAGAAAAAGAUCAUUGUAAAAAUAUUUCAGUGUUCUAGGUUUAUAUCGAAGAAAGUCAUAGGAUUUAAAUAUUGGACGAAGGAGUUAAAAAAAUUACAAAAUAAUUAUUUAAAAUAAAAAUUAGAACUUGAUCAAUUCAACCUCUCCUUAAUCUAAGUCUUGUUCCCAUCAAUCUAUUUCUUUCUACCCCUAAAUUAUUUUAGAUUCCUUAGAUUUAAUUUUAAUCAGUCCAAGAUUUUUAUAGUAGUUCACCCACCUACCUAUAACUACUCUUAAGAAAUGUCUCAUCUUAGGUUAUAUUAAAUCAAUUAUUUAACCAACAAUCUUUGAAUACUGCACUCAGCUCCCAUAGAAUUUCACUGAAAAAAGUUCUUCUAAAUUUACAGUCCUAGGUGGCCUUAAGUUGAUUAAAAAGAUCAUAUUUCUUAAAUGAUUAAGUGAAAAUUUGAUCACAAUUAGGUCUCAUAUGAGACAAAGGGAAAACAUCACAGGAAGAUAUGCCAAUUAGUUAAUCAAGAUUUUAUCAUAUCCAAAAAUAUAGUGAAGAAAAAAAAUCAUACUUAUUUCUUGUCCUAUAUUUACAAGAAAACUAUCAGAUCAAUGAAGAUAUUUGUACCUCAAUUGUAGCUCUUUAGUGGUUUGCCCAAGUUUCAAUGAUCAUUAUAACAUAUCUAUAAGUAUCUCUUUAAAUUUCUAUAAAUAUUCUCAAAUUUUUAUUGGUGUCAGAUAUGAUCCUAUGAAUCUAAUUAGCCAUUGUACAGAGAUUGAAUUCAUAGAAAAAUUUGACUGAAAACCUUCCCCUAUUUUUUGUCACUCAACCUUAAAAUUUAAAAUUAGUUCGAAAUUAAGAUGUUCAUAAAUCAAUACAACACAUCUUUUAAGUACUUAAUUUUAUAUAAUGUUAAAUUAAUACACAAGUGUCUUGUAAGAAUUUGAUGUUGAUAACCAGUUAAAUUAAAAUAAGCAUGAAUGCAUAUAUUGGAAGAUAUCAGUUCACAAGUGUCUUGUAAGAAUUUGAUGUUGAUAAUAUAAUCAAAAUUACUUUCUCUUAUAAAGCAAUGAGUUUACAUAUAAAAUUACCUUACCUUAAUUGAAUGUGAAUAUAAAUAAUAUAAAAUUAACAUUUUAUAAUAUUCAGAAAUUCUAAAGGACCACAUAAGCAAUCCCAAUUCCAUUAACUAAAAGUGCAGAGAUCUAUAUUACAUUGAUUAAAAUUUUAUUUCAAUAAUUCGUGUAAAAUCUCAUGCAUAAAUAAUUACUUUUCACUAGUGGUAAUUUUAGUAAAUAGUAACAUUUCCAACAUUAGUAAGCACCAAUAGUUAAUUCAUUUAAAUUCAUAAAUUCAAAAUAUGAGCAUCAACUACAUUCUUUUUAGUACCUUAUGGGAAUUUAAUAUUAUUAUUAGUAUUAUUAUACAUUAUCCAUAGAUUUAUACUUAUUUAAUAUCUUGUUCCUGUUAAAGAGGACAUUAAUUUGUAUUUCCAGGAUAACAAACAAGGGCCAUUUAUCUUAUGUUUCACACUUGAUUAUCUUACUGAAUUACAUUGAUGUAAUUAUGUUGUCAUAGGAAUUAGCUAUUCCAAAGGUGUAACCUCAAUUAAUUAAAUGAAUCCACAUACUCUAGAAUUUUUCCUCAAUUAAAUAUACAAUAAAUUAUCUGAUUGCCUCUCCUAAUAUAAAUUAUUUUUAUGAUAUUUUCGCAUAAAAAAUUUAUUUUUUAUAUAACUCAGUAGUAGUACAGUCUUUGUCAAUAAUUUACGUAGGUUAAAAAUAAUUGAAUUACACUAAAUAAUUUUAAAUAUAAUAUAUUAUAGUAUUAAAUUUAUUUGCUGUAUUUAGCUUUGUGAAAUCCUUGCUUGCUUUACAAGGGCUGCCCUCCCUUUUCUGCAUUAAAAAAAUGUAAAUAUUUUCAUCAAUUUUGACACCCAAAAAUUGUCAUUGACAUCUUUAGAAUACUAGACUUUAUAAGGUAUCAGAAAGUUUGCUAUGAUACUGAAAUAGAACCACACUCAUAUAAAACAGAAACAGUGGAAGAUGGAUCAUAGAAGCGUUACCCAUUUAACUAUACAUGCAUUAAAAAACAUCAACGUGUAAUAUAGAAAGACGGCAAGAUUGAAUCCAAAUGAAAAAAUGCGAAGAAGUAAAGCAUCAAAAUUUACAUGGCUCUGAGAAAUCCUCCAAUGCCCAUGGAGGGAGCUAGAGGUGUUUAUUUGAUACAGGAAAAAAUAGACAGGGAGCCUCACAAGGUGUCUUGAUGUCUUCCAUCGAACUUAUUAUCUCACCAAAAUGGAAGAGGUAGAACCGUCCUCUCUAAUUAUCUCACCAAGCCCGGUUUCUUCCUUCGUGUCCUCACCGCCCUCACAAUUCUCCAGACAAUUCUUCUAACUUCUUCCAUGUCCCUCCCUAUAAAUAGAUGAAGAGGAGGAAGGAUAUAACAAGACGGUGAGAGGGAGUAGUCACAAUGAAUGGGCAUCUGUUAUAUAUCUUUCAUCUAGUAGUGUCCUCCACCUAAUUUCCUUCAUGUCACUCCGAGAAAUUCAGAUUCUACUGUCUCGUCAUCACUUUCAAUGCCUCAAGUUGAGGCAACCGAUGCUUUGUUCAUUCAUUUGGAACUAGGUUAAAUGAGUCAAUAACUAUCAAAAAUUUGUUUAAAAUUCAGCAAUUAUUCUUUUAGGUCUUUGAAGGAUUGACCAAAGAAUGCAUCUCGGGAUGAUCUGCACAUCUCUAAGAGACAUGACGACUGAUUUUGCUCCGAGGUAG